UUUCUCCACAACACAAAUAUUACAAAGGUGACCCAUCCAUCUCUCUCUCGCUCCUGUUUAGGAAUGGUUGGACAUGAAGCUACGCUGGAACACUGAUGACUACCUGGGCAUCACUACCAUCAGAGUCCCAUCGGACUCCAUCUGGAUCCCAGACAUUGUGCUCUAUGACAAUGCCGAUGGACGUUUUGAGGGCUCUGUCACCAAGGCUGUUGUCAAGUAUGAUGGCACCAUCACCUGGACACAGCCCGCUAACUACAAGUCAGCCUGCAUCAUCGAUGUCACCUUCUUCCCCUUUGAUCUGCAGAACUGCUCCAUGAAGUUUGGCUCCUGGACCUAUGAUGGCUCACAGGUUGACAUCCUCCUGGAGGACUUUCAUGUGGAUAAGAGGGACUACUUUGACAGUGGCGAAUGGGAUAUAGUGAAAGCAACAGGCAGCCGUGGUCUGAGGAUGGACGGUCCCUGCCACUUCCCCUUCAUCACCUACUCCUUCAUCAUCCGCAGACUGCCGCUCUUCUACACCCUCUUCCUUAUUAUCCCUUGUAUCGGCCUUUCCUUCCUCACCAUCCUGGUCUUCUACCUGCCCUCCAAUGGCGGGGAGAAGAUCUCCCUGUGCACCUCUGUGCUGGUGUCCCUCACAGUCUUCCUUCUCGUGAUCGAGGAGAUAAUUCCGUCCUCCUCCAAGGUCAUCCCUCUGAUUGGGGAGUACCUGGUGUUCACCAUGAUCUUUGUCACGCUCUCCAUUGUCAUCACCGUCUUUACCAUCAACAUCCACCACCGCUCCACGUCCAUGCACCAAGGCAUGGCACCCUGGGUGCGUCGUAUCUUCCUGCACAGGCUGCCUAAGCUGCUGUGUAUGCGCAGCCACGUGGACCGCUAUGCUACCCCCGGUGGGGCCAGAGCAGGACUUGCAGGGAGAGAGGGGGCAGGACUGGCAGGGAGAGAGGGGGCAGGACUGGCAGGGAGAGAGGGGACAGUAGGGGGCAUUAUGAAGUCCACGCCUCAUCUCUCCCCCACGAAUAACCUGCAGGCUGCUUUGGACUCUAUCCGUUACAUCACCAUGCAUGUGGUCAAGGAGAACGAGGUCAGAGAGGUGGUGCAGGAUUGGAAGUUUGUGGCUCAGGUUCUGGAUCGUGUGUUCCUGUGGACCUUCCUCCUGGUCUCAGUACUGGGCUCUGCUCUGCUCUUCAUCCCUGUCAUCUACAAAUGGGCAAAGAUCAUCGUCCCCAACCAUGCAGGCGGCAGUGGAUAAGACUAAACUGAGACUAAGUGCACUGAGCACAACAAAUUCAGAGACACUACAGUCAGUGCAGAG